AUGGAAACUACACCUUCAUAUUACUAUUACGUUGAUCCAGAAGUAAACUAUACUCCACAACAACCUACUCCUUUGGAUGACUUGAUCUCGGUAUAUGGUUUAAGUGAUUUAGCUAAUCAAGUUGCAAGAACCAAUAAAGAUGGUUCUAAAGCAGUUAAACUGCGGAAAUCUUAUAAGAAUCAAAUUGGAGAUCUAUCUGCAAAAUUUUCAACGAUACCAAGCAGAGAAAAUGGGAAAGGUGGAGAAAUUGCAAAUAUCUUAUUUCAAAAUAAUCAGGAUAUGUUAGCACAAGUAACGCGGACACCUGAAAUGUCUGAUCAAGAUUAUCAUAAUGCGAUGAUGAAUAGAGAUGCCUCUUUGUUUAAUGCCCCUAAUAUGGACUGGAAUCUAUGUCAAGAUGUACUUUCUCAAUUCGGUAGAUCUUACCCGUCAGAAUUUCAAGAUCAACAAGGUUUCCAAGUAGAUGAUUUGGCAUUCGAUUUGGAUGGAACCGGAAAGAUAUCAAAGAAGAGAAAAAACAAAUCAAGUGGAAGUUCCAUUGCUACUCCAAAUAGUGAUGUUCCUGAUGAUCUAAAGAGAAGAAGAUUAGAAUGA